AUGCAGAACAGACAGUGUCUGUAUCGACAGCGCGACCGCACAUUCACGGGAUGUAGGAAUUGCCGUCAACGGAAAGUAAAGUGUGACGAGAAACAGCCCCGAUGCUCCACCUGUGUCCAUAAGAGUCUUUUGUGUGACUACACAGCAACUCUUGUCUGGGUCAAGGACGAUGGAAGUCACGACGUGUCGUUUUGGAGACGCUACAGGAGCUGUGAGGAGACCUGGAAAGGCAUUCCCGUUCUCGAUUUAAAACUGGUGGACUGUCUGAUAUCGCAAUGUGAUCUGGACCAAGCUGUGAAAUCUGAAGGUGUCUUCCACGUCUUCUCUCAAACUCCGGCGUAUAACCCAUUUACAGCCUUUCGAGUUGAUGGCCCAGUUUCUGGAAAUGCCUUGUUACCCCUCAGCCCUCUCAGGAGGCUCGACUAUGACCCUCUGAGCUGGAUGUCUCCCACUCGAGAAGAAAGGUUGCUCUUUGAUCACUAUGUCAAACACGUCGCCGUAAUCAUGAUGCCAUUUGAGCAUCCCAGGAACCCAUGGAAGUCCUUGUACCCCGCCGGGGCCAUCGACCAUACGUUGAAGACUCAAAAGCCCCUUUUCAAUGCCCUUUUAGCCCAGGCCGCCUUUAAUAUGGCUCACCUAACUGUUUCCAGAAACAAGAGUAUGGAAGUGGCAUCGAAGUACUAUGGCUCCUCCAUAAUGCAACUUCGAGAGAUCUUAAUGAACUCGGAGCUUUGCGCCAACACCUUGACGGUGGUAUUGACCCUAAUGAUGGCUGAGGUCUAUAGCGGCCAAUCUAGGAGCUGGAGACAUCACCUCCAAGGGGCAUGGGGUCUUUUCCGAAAUUUCCGAGCUCAAAUCCCGUGGAUAGAUUCUGAACUCGCCUGUGUAUCGCUACAGAGCCUCUUCAUUAUCAGUCUGGUCGGAGAUACGAGCCGUCUCGACGACGACCUCGUGGCUGACAAAGGGGAACUUGCCCAGAGCGAAUCUGGUUACACAACAUCUUUGCCUCACAAUAACGGAAUAAUAGAAGCAGACACCGAAUCAUCAGCCACAUUGCAAGACCAAGAGUCAGUCUCCAUGAUCACAUCAACUCUUGAUUUCGGCUUCACGAUUGGUGCAACACAGGAGAUCUUGGACUGUAUAUCCUGCAUUAAUGACAUGAACCGGGUCAACAAAUGGUCCGGACUAAAUGUUAACAAUUAUCGAACUCUCCUUGGUCGUUUAGAUGCUUGUCGGGCAAGCCUGGCGGACAAGUCAUCAAGAGUUGGUGGUGUCUUGGACAAAGCUGCCUACUAUCAACUUGGAGCCUUUGUCGCUGCCACUUAUAUUUACUUCUACAGGAGCUUCUUCGACCUGUCUCCAAUGGAGUUGCACACUUAUAUUGUCGAGACUUUCAGCUAUGUCAAUUUCUUUAUUUCUGGAAAUUACGGCAACUUCUCUCUUUGGCCUGCCUUCAUCGCUGCUGUCGAAGCAUACUCGGACGAAACCAUGUCCAUGGCGAGAGAGUGGCUAGAUACUGCCAUGAGCUUUGGCCUUGGCAGUCGAGUCCUGGUGAGAAAGGUUAUUGAAGAGACCUGGCGCAGAAGAGACAUCAUUUCGCGAGAAAUAGGCAUCGACAAGGGCCUUGUCGCGGUGGAUUGGAGACGAGUGAUAAAGGACUGGGACGUAGACGUCUUAUUGGUCUAA